AGAGACAUCGAGGCUCCGCCCACCACUCUCAUGCUGAGGGUGCACGAAAAAGGCUUGCGACAAUGUGAGACGACACCGAAUGUGCAGCUUUCAUGAAUCUGAUUUCAAACAGCGCUGUGAAACCGGACCACUGCCCGCACAGCUCGGUUAACGGAGGAAAAAACGGACACUAGACUGCCUUCUAAAACAAUGAAGACAAACAUAUUUCCUAGGCCCUCCGGCUGUCCUUUCUGCUGUGUCCUGGCUUCUGACUGCUGAUUGGAGCUGGCCUGGUGUGGUUAUAGGUGUGUGAGAGAUUGUAAGGAGAUGAAGUCCAGUAUGCGUCAGUGGCGGAGGCUGCUGUUGGUGGGCAUGUUGGCAUGGGCCCUCCUCUUCCUGGCUCUGCUCUCCUACUUCCUGGAUACCCCUGUGUACAACGAGCCCCUGACCUCCGCCAGCUCCUCGCUCUCCCAGCACCCCGACACACGGCGCCUGGCCUCCAUCCAAGGCGCCUCCCACCAGCAGCACCGCUCCAUCAUGGGCUCCCGGCCCGAACCCACCUACAACACCUUUACCACAGAAUAUCCCGACCAAGACCCUAACCAUUACCCAGACUCCGAGCCUAGCUCCUCCUCCACCACCCCUGAGCCUGGCCUGGAGCUGAGCUACGGGACCAGCCAAGAGACUGAGGGGGACAGCCGCCAGCAGCAGGAAUACCUGGACGCCCAGACCCUGGCUGCCUGGUCCUCCUCUAGCACGGAGAACGUGGGUUCCCACUCCGACCAGACAGUAACUCGAAACAGUGAGAGACCUGCCUGGACCGCUGGCCGGGGGCCCAAUCGAACCACACGCCGGUCCUCACGUGAGGAUGAAGCGGGGGUAGAGAUGAACAAAAGCCACAAGAGGUGGAUCAUGGUGGGGGAUCAUGGGGGGGAGAGGCGAGGAAAAGAAGAGGAGGGUUUAGAGGAGGACUACUCCUCCAAGUCUGUCUCACUGGUGCAGCGACUCUGGCGGGGAAAAGUGUCCUCUGGGAUGCUGUCCCCGCGACUGCAGCACGCCAAGCGGGACUACCUGAGUGCCAACAAGCACCACGUAUCCUAUAAAGGAGGCCGGCGAGCUGCUCAGAGCUCCAGGGAACUACUGUGUGAGCUGAAGGACCAGGCCCGGCUGAGGACGCUGGACGGGUCUGAGCAGCCUUUCUCUUCACUGGGCUGGGCCCGCUUGGUACCGCGCCUGGCCCUGGAGCAGCUCUACAGACAAGGGGCCCAGAGAGGCUUUAGGAGCUGUGCUGUGGUGACCUCUGCUGGGGCUAUUUUGCACUCAGGCCUGGGGAAGGAGAUCGAUUCCCAUGAUGCAGUUCUGCGGUUCAACACAGCACCUACAGAGGGCUAUGAGAGGGACGUGGGGAACAAGACCACCAUCCGCAUCAUUAACUCGCAGAUCCUGGCCAAUCCUGAUCACCGCUUCAACACCAGCUCCCUGUAUAAGAACGUGACUCUGGUGGCCUGGGACCCUGCUCCGUAUGCUGUCAACCUACACAAGUGGUAUGCCAGUCCAGACUAUAACCUGUUCGGUCCGUACGUGGAGCACCGGAGGCUCCACCCCACCCAGCCCUUCUACGUCCUACACCCGAAAUAUGUGUGGCAUCUCUGGGACGUGAUCCAGGGCAACACCCAGGAGACCAUCCAGCCCAACCCACCCUCCUCUGGGUUUAUAGGCAUCCUCCUGAUGAUGGCGCUGUGCGAAGAGGUCCAUGUGUACGAGUACAUCCCCUCGCUGCGGCAGACAGACCUGUGCCAUUACCACGAGCGCUACUACGACGCUGCAUGCACCCUGGGGGCGUACCACCCGCUGCUCUAUGAGAAGAGUCUGGUGCAGCGCAUCAACACAGGCCCUGUGAGAGACCUGAAGAAGAAGGGCCGUGUCACCCUCCCCGGCUUCAACACCGUCAACUGUGAACUCUGAACUAGGAAGCCACACAUGGAACCACCAUGACUCCAUGCGUCUAAGGGAAAACGGUGCAAUAAGAACCCUCUGGACUCUGACCUUAGGGGGAAUCCAGAGGCAACCAUGUAGAACCACGUAUAACAGUGGAGAACCUAAGCCAUAGCCCCUCUGUGUGGGAUGGGAUCAAACUGAAGGGUACAGCUCUAGUCUAACUACAUAAGUCAGGAUUUAUCAACAGAACCCACAUCGGUCAAAACCUUGCCUUCCUUAGAGGCAGGGUUGGGUAGGUUACUUUCUAAAUGUAAUCAACUACAGUUACUAGUUACCUGUCCAAAAUUGUAAUCGGUAAUGUCAUUUUUGGAUUACCCAAACUCCGUAACGUAAUCUGAUUACGCUCAGUUACUUUUGGAUUACGUAGAAGAAGACAAAAGAUCCAUCAAAUGCAUUUGGUGUGUCAUCAUAGUGGUCAUCAUUUGGUGUGCCAUCAUAGUGGUCUCUGACUUGUGGUCAGACUCGCGGUCAGACUCGCUCAGGUGGAACAAACUUAAUCUUGCCGCUUUUUUUCAAUGCUUAAUUGAAUGUUACUGAGAAAACAGAAAGGUGUCAUAAUGUAUUUUUUCGCAAACAUCCUUUCUGAAUUAAAAAGUAAUCCAAAAAGUAAUGAGCUAGUUUUUCAAAAGUAUCUGUAAUCUGAUGAUAAUAUUUUUGCUGGUAACGUAACUGAUUACAGUUACCAGUUGUUGUCAUCAGAUUACAUUCAAUCAGCUACUUUUCAACCCUCUUCAGAGGGUUAACAAGCCCAAGACAUGCCCAAUAUGACCACCUCUAUCUCUGCCAUUGCUGAGCCGGAAGAGAGAAGAGCUGUCUAGGGUAGCAAUAGGAAAGUGUUUUUAGAUAGAGAAACGGUUUUGAUAUAUUUGGAUGUUUUUGCUGUUGUGAAGUGUUGUUUCUCCAGAGCUCUGGUUGCUCUUCUUUCUUAAAAGGACAGUCCACAGUUUUUUUAAUGGUGGGUGUUUGUGUUUUUUAAUGGUGGGUUAUGGCUCUCAUGGGGCGGUAAAUUAAUGUUUAAGAAAAUGAGCAGUGGUCCGCACUGAAUGUCUCACACACGUCCAGAUCGAACACACACUUUUGAAAAGGUACAAACUCUACGUCCACUAGCCACACUGCCGACAACAUGUAACACACCUGAAGUUGUAUUGGAGAUGUAACUUAAAACAAUACAUACACAACACACACCUGUACAUUGUACAUACAGGCACACUGGAACUACACCAAACUCUCUUGGCCUUCUAAGUAUUAUCUAACCAAGAUGGAGGUACAUUGUUUUUGAUCUCCAACUGUCACAUGUUGCUGUAUUUGACAUUCCUUAAAUGUUAUUUUCUAUUCUUAUUUGUUGUUGUUAAUGAUUUUGAGUGUUGUUUGCUGCUACUGCGCUUUAUGUUACUCUCCUGUCCAAUCCCCAAGCUUAGCACUUUAAGACUGGCUAAUGACAGGCUGCCACUUCAAAGGCAUGUCUGGUGGGUAGUUGGGUACCAAACCCUGGAAAAAACAUUGGUUGCCCAUUCUUAGGUUUAAUCCAGUACACCAAAUGAUGAGGCUAGUGGAAAGGAGCUAGGUGGUAAGAGAAAGGACUCACAAAACAUUCUCAAAACAGCUAUAACCCUGUGUCUAGUGGCCAAAAGAACACUGGGUUGCCUUUCAAAACCCUCAGACUGAUUAUCCACAUAUGUCAUCCAUUUAACUGCAGUGUCAUUGUUUAACUUUUUGUUGCUUAUUUCAUUGUUUAAUAGCUGAGAUUUAAAGAAGCCUGCUAAUCCGCCCAUAGCUCAAACCGUCCUGUGUUCUAUUAGUGGCGAGUAGGAGAGAUCUCUAGUCAAAUUCCCAUACUGUCCAGUGUCCACCCCAUGCUAAAAGGCAAUCUGACGCCUCUUUAAAAGCAGCUGUAGCUACUGCGCUGAUUGACCUGUCACUUUGAAUGUAAUCAAACCUCUCCUUAGGGCACUUCUCUCUACGAGCACUACCCUGACUGUGCCAUUUGAUGGAGUCAAGAGAAUGAGGGUUUCAGUCUGCAGGGUUCAGUAGCUAGCCUGCCUCCCAGGCAUACAGCAGAGCGUAGUAUAGUUCUACCUUGAGACUAUCGUUCAUUAUGUCUUUACCGUCGUCAUUUUGACUCAAUACUCCAAUAUUGGUCUGAAAUGACUAUUUUGCCUGAGCUUGCAGCAGCCUGCCCUGGUGCGCUGCCGGAGGACAUUUCUUAUCAUGGCAGGGAUUUCAAGCAGUAAUAUCUCCAGACUCACUUUGUGUUUUAAUGGCUUUGUUAUUUACCCUGACUCUGUGCCAGACUUGCCUACAGUAUAUUUCAGCUAGCUAUUGUGUGUGUGUGUGUGUGUGUGUGUGUGUGUGUGUGUGUGUGUGUGUGUGUGUGUGUGUGUGUGUGUGUGUGUGUGUGUGUGUGUGUGUGUGUAAAGGAAAGGAAAGGAGAUGGGGGAUUUCUCAGAGACCUAGUCUAAUAGUUUGUUCUGUAGGAUCAAUAUCUGGCCAUGCUGGAAUGGACAAUGGAGGCUCAGUUGUUUCCAACCACAAAUCCGCUUACAACUACUAAGCCUCACCUUUAUCCCCAGCUGACCCAAUGAAAACAAACAGAUCAUGUACUUGUCCAUCUAACCUAUUUGUCACUGUAGUUCUCUCUGUAGCGGCCAGCCUAGUGACCAUUCCCUGGCCAGGGAAAACAUGGAAGGGGUUGAUAUUGGCAGUCAGUGACAGAAUGCAAAUAAGAGAUGUGUGUUA